AUGGGAAUGCGAGGCAAGAGACAGAAGCCACCAAAAGAAGAUGAAAAUAUAUUGAAACUACCAUCUUAUAUUACUGUUGAAAUACUUUCAAGGCUUCCCGUCAAAACAAUCAUCCUUUGUAAAGCUGUUUGCAAAGCAUGGCGCAAUGCGCUCUUAGACCCGCAUUUUCCUCUUAUUCACCUUGCAAAAUCGUCCGUAAACCUAUUGCUUUGCAGAUUCCCCAGCUAUUGGUUGAUUGAAUUUGGAAAAGACUUCCGCAGGAAGAAAAUGUCAAAGUUCAAUGAUGAGAAUGUGCAUGGUGUUGGUGAACCAUCAAUGGUUGGUUCAUGCAAUGGCUUGCUUUGCUUGUCAAUCAAUUAUCCAGAAGAUUUUUAUGUGUGGAAUCCUGUUAGGAAUGAAUAUGUUACGCUGCCAAUGCCAAAUAUAAAGGCAGGGAAUCGAUUAUGCUCGUAUUCGGGGUUUGGAUUUUGUCCAAGGACUGAUACAUAUAAGGUGAUUAGAAUGGUUAGAUAUGGUAGUAUGCCUAGUAUGGCAUGGACGGGGUCAAGCAAUCAAGCAAUGUGCGAGGUUUACACACUUGGAACUAACACUUGGCGAACAAUUGAAGAUGUACCAGUCCCACAUUAUGGAGGUUUGAUUUGCAAGACGCCUUUCAAUGGCGCUGUGCACUGGAUUUGCUCUUUCAAAAUCAAUGAUGAAAAGUUUCCUUUAUGGAUUUGUGCUUUUAAAAUUGAAGAUGAGAAUUGGGCUUCCAUUCUCCUGCCACUUCCUCUUCUUGAAGUGCCUGGUUUAGAAUUUACUGAUCAACGAAAAGAGCUACUACUAUCAUGGUUGCAAUUAGGGGUGCUAGAUAAUUGUUUAGCUAUAUUUGAUAAAUCACAGGAUUCUUUGCUGAACAUUUGGAUGAUGAAGGAUUAUGGUGUUAGGGAAUCUUGGAUUAAAGGUUGGAGUGUUGAAAGUCGGAUGCCAUCUGAGAUUCAUGUUCCGUCACUUCUCCCAUUAAAGCUCACAAAAGAUGGAGACUUACUAAUGUUUGAUGAUUUCAAUAAAGCUCUUGUUUGCUUUAAUCCACAAAAGAGUAUGCCCUGCAAACAAAAGAUUUCUGGCCUUCCAAAAAUCAGCAAAGGCAUUGCAUAUGUUGCGAGCUUUAUAUCUCCAAUAAAAGCCAUGAAGGAAGAAUGUUAG